AUGGUUGUGGAAGCUUUAUCUGGACUGCUGAGAAAGGCAAUAGCUGAAAACAUGUACAAAGGUUAUCUAGUGGGAUCAAAAAAGGUUGACAUAAGUAUUUUACAAUACGCGGAUGACACUAUAUUUUUUGGAGAAGCAACUAUGGAAAAUGUGAGAGCAUUAAAGGCUACUUUAAGGGCGUUUGAGUUAAUCUCAGGCCUAAAGAUUAAUUAUGCUAAGAGUUGCUUUGGAGCUUUCGAGGUUUCAGAUCAGUGGAGGAGUGAUGCUGCUAAGUAUUUAAACUGCACCCUAUUAUCUAUUCCUUUUACAUAUCUUGGCAUGCCUAUAGGGGCUAAUCCGAGGCGAACACAAAUGUGGAACAACAUUAUCCACAAAUAUGAGAGGAAAUUGGAUUCCAAAAACAGUGGUGGAAAGGCUCAAAAGGAUACAACCAAGAUUCCUUGGGUGAAGUGGGAUACAGUUUGCCUCUCUAAGAACAAAGGGGGCCUAGGGAUCAAAGAUUUAUCCAACUUUAAUGAGGCUUUACUUGGAAAAUGGGGGUGGGAGCUGGCUAAUAAUCAGAACCAACCUUGGGCUAGAAUUUUACUCUCCAAAUAUGGUGGGUGGAAGGAGCUGAUCUCUAGUGGAAAGAGUAAAUUCUCUUCUCAAUGGUGGCAAGACUUAAAGGCUAUCUUCUAG